AAAUGGCCCGGGGCCCGGCAGGAGGGGCGUCCUCCGGCCUGAACUCCGCUGACCUCCGCGGCUUCCUCUGGGAUCCCCUGGGCCUCCCGGGCCUCUGAGGUGAAUCUACAGAUGACUUCCCGCAGCCAGAGCAAUGGCGCCCUCGGUGGACUUUUGCCUUUCAGCUUCUCGAAGAGGUACUCCUCCAUCAUGGAACAGCUUCCGGAGGAACUCAACAGAGUCAUCUCUGAGAUGAUGAUCCAGCUGGACAACAUCUCCAGCCUGGUGUCCAAUGUCAAUCAGUCCUUUGAAGAGCAUUACAAACAGGUGGAAGACUUCUUCAAGCUGAUGGAGAUUUUCAGCAAUUCCCCGCACAUCCUGGAUAUGGUCAAGAUCAAGCAGGACUGGGCUGAGAAAGAAGCCAAGCAGAUCCCAGAGGCCGCAGCCCCCAAGGAGCCCAAACCCAAAGCCACCCCGGGGCCUCAGCCGUCCACCAGACGCCGGCAGUGCCUCUCAGAGGCUGAGGACCAGCAGGACCCACAGCCCGUGUGGGACAGGGAGCCCCAGUUCUGGAGAGACGCCCUGACCUGGGAGCUCUGGAAACUCUUCACGGAUGGCCAGGACAACCAGCAGGCACAGAGGGAGAAGCCGCUGAGAGGGGAAAGGAAGAGCUCGUGCGUGAGCGACUCGGAACUGGAACUGGAUCCUGAGACCAAGCGCGGCAGCCUGAGUGACUUAUCCCCUGUCCUGACUCCCUUGGGUCUGCUUGGUGAUUCCCAAAAAGACAUCAGCCAGCCCCAACAGGAGACCCAGGAAUCUUCUAAAAGUGCUGGUCUAUUUCUGAAGCCCCUGUGCUGGGACUCCGAGGACUUGGAAUACAGUUGGAAGAGGCCCGGCGCACCGGUCUCACAGGUGGAGAUGGUCGCCGUGCCCCAGGCCCUGCAGAAGGUUCGCGUGCUCAAACACCAGGAGCUCCUGUUGGCGCUGGCCGUGAGCAGCUUCACCAGGCACGUCUUCACCUGUAGCCGGAGUGGCAUCAAGGUGUGGUGCCUAACAAAGCAGGUGGCGGAGGACGAAUUCCCUGAAAGCAACCUUCAAUGCAGCGGCCAGGCCAACGGGGCGUACCUGCGCACCUGUCAGCUGUCUUCCAACAGCCGGACCCUGUUCGCGGGUGGACACAACCUGCCUGGCGUGAGCGUGUGGGACCUGGCAGCCCCGUCCCUGUACGAGAAGUGCCAGCUGCCCUGCGAGGGCCUCUCCUGCCAGGCCCUGGCCAGCUCGGAGGAGAACAUGGUCUUCGCUGGCUUCACGGAUGGCCUGGUCAGGAUAUGGGACCUACGGAUUCGGGACGUGGUCAGGGACCUCGAAGGCCCUGUUAGUGCAGCCAAGAGCCUCGUGGUCAAAGGUGACCAUGUCUGGACGGGAGGUCUGGACGCCUGUCUGCGAUGCUGGGACCUGCGGACGGCCAAGGUGUUGCAGGAGCACACGUUCCAGUCCCAGAUCAUGAGCCUGUCUCUCAAUCCCCUGGAAGACUGGCUGCUGCUGGGCCUGGCCAACGGCCAGCAGUGUCUGUACAACAGCAAGAAGAGAGAGGCGUUCACUGUGGGCACCAAGCACAAGACCAUCCUAGACCUCAAGUUCUCCCCAAACGGCCAAUGGUGGGUGAGCGUGGGCAUGGACGACCUCGUCACCAUCCACAGCAUGCCCAUGGGAGCGAAAAUAUUCCAGGUCCCUGAGUCUGCUACUGUCACUUGCUGUGACGUGACAGCCAACGGCAGGCUGAUCGUCACGGGAUCCGGGGACUAUGCCUCAGUGUACCAGAUCAAGUACUGACAGCGUCGGCUCCCAUCUUCUUUCUCCCAGCGGCACAGUGGUGGGUGGUGGUGGGUGUGAGGAUCCCAUGGGUGCCCGACCCCUCAUCACAUGUAAUAAAGCAAUUGAG